GGGGCCAAAUCGGCUGCUCUGGCCGCCUGGCCACCCCAGUCUGACCAAUGUCCACAGCCAGGGAGCAGCCCAUCUUCAGCACUCGGGCCCACGUGUUCCACAUCGACCCUACCACCAAGCGGAACUGGGUCCCUGCCGGCAAGCACGCCCUCACCGUCUCCUACUUCUACGAUGCCACCCGUAACGUGUACCGCAUCAUCAGCAUUGGGGGCGCCAAGGCCAUCAUCAACAGUACCGUCACCCCCAACAUGACCUUCACCAAAACCUCCCAGAAGUUCGGCCAGUGGGCGGACAGCCGUGCCAACACCGUCUAUGGCUUGGGCUUUGCGUCUGAACAGCAUCUGACCCAGUUUGCAGACAAGUUCCAGGAGGUGAAGGAGGCCGCGCGGCUGGCCCGGGACAAGUCCCAGGACGGGGGCGAGCUGCCCAGCGCGGCCCUGGGGCUGGCGGCCCACCAGUCCCGCCCUCCUCGCGGCCCCGCCCCGCCGACCCCCGCGUCCGGUCCCCGCAGCUCGGUGGGCGAGGUGCAGUGGGAGGCCGAGUUCUUCGCGCUGCAGGACAGCAACAAUAAGCUGGCGGGCGCGCUGCGGGAGGCCAACGCCGCGGCCGCCCAGUGGAGGCAGCAGCUGGAGGCCCAGCAAGCGGAGGCCGAGCGGCUGCGGCAGCGG